CUAAAUGAACCGUUUCCAGAUCAAACCCAAAAUUAACUCCCCCGAGCCCUCUCUCUCCCCGUUCAAAAUUACCCACAAUCUACCAGUAGUUUGUGCUGUGCAAACUCCUCCGACCUGCGACGGCGAAGGCAUCAGCAAUUUAGAGUCGGCGACUCCUCUUCCGUCACUCCCUAGAGAUGAGCCGAUCAAGUGAAGCAGCCGCCAUGAAGCGGAAAAGACCGGAUUCAUCUACUCAGGGACUUGUAGAUGCUGAGCUUGUAGUGCUCAAUGUGGUCAAAAGUAAAAAAAAUCUGGGUGUGUGGGUAGCAGAUGUGAAAAAAGAGGCAAACAUCGCACCAGCUCUUGUCGAUAAAUGCCUAACUUCAUUGGUGAAGAAGAAUUUGAUUAAAAAAGUCCCUACUAUCCAAAAUAAGGCAAAGAAGCAUUACAUGGCUGUUGAGUAUGAACCUUCCGAGGAACUGACUGGUGGAGCAUGGUAUUCCGAGGGAAAACUUGACAAGGAAUUCAUCACUGUUCUUAGAGAGACGUGCCUUAAGGUUAUAGGAAUGAUGAAAGUUGCUACUGUGGAGGGGAUCCACGACUUUUUGAAGAAACGGAAAGUUGUUGAGUGCUGCACAAGUCAACAAGUCGGUGAAAUAUUGAACUCUAUGGUUUUGGACGAUGCCAUUAUAGAGGUAAAGAGUACUGGUUUGGGAGAGUAUCAUUCUAUUCCUAUUGGAUCUGUUUGUUACAGAAUUGCAGUUGGAGAUACUUCAGGUCCGAAAACAAUAGGGCCAAUGGCUUCGAUUCCAUGUGGUGCUUGCCCUAGGAUUAGUGUAUGUACACCUGAUGGAAUUAUAUCUCCGAAAACCUGUGUCUACUACACUAAAUGGUUGAACAUUGAGUUCUGAUGGACUACAACAAUGCAACUUGUUGGUUACUUUUCGAGUUUCUUGUCUUGUUGUUUGGUUUAUCGAUGAAACCAAUCAACAAUUUCCAUAAACCCCUUUUGGAAGUUUUAACAUUUUAUUAUAAUGUUUGAACUCAGUUGGGAAAAUUGUGUUAUCAUGCUACCUUUUGCUAAUGAGAAGAUUGCAGCCUAAUGUGUAUUGGCAUGACAACUUUCACAACUUU